AUGGGUACAAAAGACUUAGUUUCCAAUUCAAGAGCUACGAUGGACAUGGAUCCCGUCGAAAGGUCCAAAUCGCCCAAUGAUCAGAAGAAAUACCGACUAUUGACACUCUCCAAUUCACUACAAGUACUCCUUAUCUCUACUGCAGAAGUGUCGCAUUCCAUCACUCGAGAGAGCGAGAGUCAAUCGAGUCAACAGAACGACGAGAGCUUGAGUAGUGACAGCGACAUUAGCGAAGACGACGGCAGUUUCAAUGACGACGAAGAGGCACACGAUGGUGCACUAAGUUGCCGUGCGGGCGCGUGUCUCACUGUGGGUAUUGGCAGCUUUGCUGAGCCCGUGACGCUGCCCGGUUUAGCCCAUUAUUUAGAGCAUAUGCUUUUUAUGGGCAGUAAAAAGUACCCAGAUGAAAACGAAUUUGAGUCCUUUUUGAGUACUCAUGGGGGUUACAGCAACGGUGCAACGGAUAAUGAAGUAACAAGUUAUACUUUUGAAGUGGGGCCGGAUCAUCUGCAGCCGGCACUGGAUAUGUUUGCGCACUUUUUUAUUUCUCCAUUGCUUAAAGCAGAAGCAAUGGAGAGAGAAGUAUCGGCUAUUGAGUCUGAGUUUAGUCAGGCGUCACAGAAUGAUCGGAUUCGUACGCAGCAAGUUUUGUGUGAUGUAUCGCUUGCUAGUCAUCCGUAUCAUCGAUUUAGUUGGGGAAAUAAAAAGAGUCUUUAUGAGCUGCCGAAGAAGGCGGGGGUGGAUGUCCGCAAGCAAAUCUUGACAUUCUACGAAAAGUACUACUCAGCUAACAUCAUGAAGCUCGUUGUGUGUGGUGAGAACACGCUGAAUGAGUUGGAGCAGUGGGUGACCAAGUCUUUCAGUGCGAUUCCGAACAACAACGUGGCGGUACCGUCUUUCGAGUCAGAUGGUCCACCAUUUGGAGCUAAAGGUACUGGCGCACCGAUGUUGUGCAAAAUUGUGCCCGUCCGGGAUAUUCACACUCUUCACCUCGAUUGGAUGAUUCCGCCUAUUCUCGGCCAGCAUCAUCAGAAGCCUUCGGAUUACAUUGCUUGCCUCCUGGGUCAUGAAAGUGAAGGAUCCGUGCUCUCGUAUCUGAAGGAGAGGGGUUGGAUUUCCGCAAUUACGGCAGGUGUAACGGACACAGAUGGCUACGAUUGUGGUACAUACGCUGCAAAGUUUAACGUCACUAUGAAGCUUACGCCGGAGGGCAUUUCCCAUUGGGAAGACAUUGUGCUCGCAGUUUUUGAGUAUCUGCACAUGCUGAAGGUAGAUGGCUGUCCGAAGUGGGUGUUCGACGAGUUGGCAGCACUGGCCGACAUUUCGUUCCGCUUUCAGGAAGAGGAUAGCGCUGUUGAACGAUGUGAAGAACUGGGGGAAAUCAUGCAGUCGAUUUUUAAGGUUGCGCCGGAAGAUAUCUUGCGCUAUAACCUUUUCAAGGGUGUCUUCAACACGGAACUAGUCGAUGGCAUGUUAAGCCACUUGACUGCUACAACCAUCUGUCUGUCAAUCGUUUCAAAGACAUUUGAAGAGUCCCCAGAAUUUCAGGCGCAGGCACUAGAGGAAGAGUGGUUUGGUAUCAAGUACUCAAGGGAAAACAUUACGGACGCCACUGUCCAGCGCUGGCAAAAUGCAGAAACUAAUCCGAAGUUGCACUUUCCUCGACCGAACCAGUUUAUUCCGCGAGAUUUCUCACUCGUGGACACGACAGGAGUGAAAGACCUCGUGUGUGAGACGACAACAUUCGGGAAGUUAUGGUACAAGCCGGAUCGUGUGUUUGCUACACCUCGCGCCCAUGUUGCACUGUUGUUGCACUUGCCAAGCGUGGUUGCGAACGUGGAUAACUGGGCGCAUACCCAAUUGUACGUGAAGCUCGUUCGGGAUGCGCUUAGUGAGUAUGCGUACCAUGCAAAUGUAGCUGAGCUUACGUAUUCGCUCCAAGUCAAAGACUCUGGGCUGGAAUUGGUGUUUGGUGGCUUCAACGACAAGCUAGACGUUCUUGUUGAAGUGGUGGUUGCAGCUGUGUGUGGAGCCAAAAUCAGUGAAGCACGUUUUGAAGUAAUGCGCGAGGAAUUGAUGCGUGAAUCGAAAAAUGCAAUUACGAAGGUUGCUCAAAAAGCAAAGUACCUCCGCUUGCAACUUUUGGAAAAGCGAUCAUUUCCGCUGGAGGAGAUUUUGGACUCGAUCGAGGUCGCCACCGUGGCAUCUCUCAAUAAAUUUGUCUCUAGCCAGCUGUGGGCAGGCAAGACAUGGCUAGCAAGCUUUGCACAUGGAAACAUAUCCCUUGCUGCCGCUUCGACAAUGAUCGCAAAAGUCGAAGCACAGCUGCAGCAUGUGACUGCACCGCUAUUGCUGCGCGAUUUCCCCCAACGCCUCAUCAAUAUUAUUCCACCGACGCCUAUGGGUUUUCUGCUGAAGGAGCGUAGUGAGAACAAUUCAGAGACGAACACACAGGUGGAAGUGUACUAUCAGGUUGGUCCAUUGACGCUGCGUAAUCUGGCCUAUGCGGACUUGCUGUACCAGUUGAUGGAGGAGCCACUUUUUGACACUCUGCGCACCAAGCAAGAACUAGGUUACGAUGUCUCGUGUACCGUUCGUGUGACCAACGGCAUUGUGGGUUUUGGUGUGAUGGUGCAGUCAUCGCUGUUUGCGGCCGAGCAUAUUUCCUCUUGCGUUGACCGCUUCAUGGUUGAUUUCGAAGAAGCAAUCGAAAUGAUGACGGACGAGCGCUUCCACGACCACGUUCAAGCACAGAUUCUUUUGAAGCUCGAACCCGAUCAUAACCUUUUAGAGACGACACACAGUUACUGGUACGAAAUCACGUCACGUCGUCUUGCAUUCGACAUCAAUGCUCAGCUUGCAAAGGAGAUGGAGACGUUAACCAAGAGCGAGAUGGCGCAGCUUUAUCGCGAGUGGAUUCUACAAAGUCCCAAGAAGUUGUGUGUGCACGUUAUCGGUCGUGCCAAUCCAGCUGAAAAGCUAGCCAGACACAAGCGCAAAAACGCAAUCAAAGCUGACGUGCGUCCGCUACUUCAUCCAAUUCGAAUUCGUGACCUCCAUUUGUUCAAGGCCGAAUUGUCUUCUUAUCCUGAUUCUCUCGAUAAACUAAGCAAGCGGGAGGCAGAGGAAGGAGAAAAGCGUUUAGAACUAUAG